AUGGACGGCCGGGGGUACACGCAGGCGCCGCCCUGCGAGGAGUGCGGGCAGAAAAAUGUGUCCAUGGUGAAACCCUCCAACAGGAAAAAGCUCUGCAGGGAUUGCUUCACCGAAGACUUCGAAGAACAAGUUCACUUAACAAUUAUAAAGAAAAACAUGUUUCAUGAAAAGGACAAAAUCUGCAUUGCAGUGUCAGGUGGAAAAGAUUCGAGCGUCCUAGCACAUGUACUUGUUCACAUUAAACAGAAGCACAACUACAAGUGGGACCUCUUCCUUUUGGCAAUCGAUGAGGGAAUAAAAGGUUACCGAGAUGAUUCAUUAAAGGUUGUAUAUAAACUUCAGGAGAGGUACAAUUUGCCUCUUAAAAUUUUAAAGUUUGAAGAUAUUUUCACCUACACUAUGGACACCGUUGUUAGUUUUAUUGGCAAGAAGAAUAACUGCACCGUUUGCGGAGUAUUUCGGAGACAGGCAAUGGAAAGGGGUGCACUAUUAUUUAACGCCACCAAACUUGUGACGGGGCAUAAUGCGGACGAUUUGGCAGAAACGAUUCUUAUGAACAUGUGUAGAGGCGACCUGCAGAAGCUCGCCAAGGGCGUGCACGCCAUGUCUCUAAUGAAAAUGGAAGCAUCAGUGGUGGGGGAAGAAGCGACGACAUGUUGCGGCGGCGAAUGCACGCGAGGAGAAGACGCGCCCGAACGUGCGAACAGGACCCCAAGUGGAACAGACAACCCAGAUGCCCUUAUAGAAGUUCCCCCUACCACCCAUGCAGAGUCCACCCCACCCACAGAGGAAUAUCCGUUUUUCCUCUCCCGACUGAAGCCCCUUAUGUGGUGCUACGAGAAGGAAAUCGUCCUGUACGCAUUUUACAAAAAGCUCGACUACUUCAGCACCGAGUGCACCUACUCCCCAAACUCAUUUCGAGGAAACUUACGGAGCUUCAUAAAAGACCUCGAGAUGAUUAACCCGCAGUUCAUACUUAAUAUUAUUCACUCCUCGGAGUUUUUUUAUCACAACAGUAGCAGGAGGAAGGUCCUCCAGGUGUGCAUGCGAUGUGGCGUGUACACGUCCAAUCCGGUGUGCAAAGCUUGCCUCAUCGUGGAGGGGCUGCGAAAUUAUAAGGACAACUCGUUUCUAUACGCCAAUACGAAGAAGAAAAAGGGAGAGAGGCGCCGCAUACCCAUACGAUACGACCCGGGCGCCGGUGCAGAAGAUGCUUCUGCAAGUGUGGAACGUGCCAAGAGUGAUAGCAAUGCCAAUAAAAAACUUGUUAGGCAUAGCCAACUGUGGCGCAUCACCACAUUUCCGUGGGGGUCCAUUUGCGGAGAAGUGAAAGACCUGCACAAUAUCGGAGUGUUGACCAGUGGGCACCUGGUUGUAGUAUUACAGCGUACUAUCAACGCCAACAAUCGCCCCUUUUUUUUUGCGCACCCCACAAAAAUGAGCAAAACUGGCCAAGGCGCAAACAUCGUGGAGGAAACCUACCUCUCCUCCAUCCGGAGGGUGCAAGAAAGUAUAGAAAAUAAAAAGCACAGCUUAAGAGAAGACAAUAGUAUACAAAUCAGUUUCAAGGACUGCGAUUACGCAAUUAAAAAAUACACAAACGAAGUUGUAAAAUUAAUGAAGGAUGCUAGUCACAUGAGAGGAGCGGCGAGCACCAGCAUAAGUGAAUAUUACAGCUGGCUCAUAAAGUGCGAUGGGUUUAUUAAGAGCUUAACAUGCGAAGACAUAAGUAUGAAAAUCAACGAGAUGUUCGAUGUGGUCACUGCGGAGAUAAACAGCCGGUGUAAGCCGGUUCUUCUCUAG